CCCAAAAAAAAAAUAAAAAAAAUCAAACAUUUGAUAGUAGUUAUUAUGGUCCAUUGUUUUAGUGAAUAGUAGUACUUGUAACAUAUGAAGUGCUUUUCUUUUUUUCUUUUUUUUUUUAACAUAAGAAGUUGGGUUAAUAUAUUACCGGAGUUCUAAUUUCUCCCGAGUUAUUGCAUCUCUUACUAUCCCAUCCAAAUUUCAGAACUCUGGUAGGAAAGAGAAAUGGUCACAGCUACUUCGAUGACGUGCUCUCUUCUUCCCUGCAAAGGGCUUCAAGGAUCAAAUCGGAGUUUGCACUGGAGGAAGGAGGAGACACAAUGGCCAAGGAAAGCUGGACCCAGUAUAAUAACUGCCAAAUUUGAGCUGAAGCCUCCUCCAUAUGCACUGAAUGCUCUGGAACCACAUAUGAGCCGGGAAACACUGGAAUACCAUUGGGGGAAGCACCACAGGGGUUAUGUGGAGAACCUAAACAAGCAGAUAAUGGGAACAGAACUAGAUGGAAUGACGUUAGAAGACAUAAUAAUUCUUUUAUACAAUAAGGGUGAUCUCCUUCCAGCCUUCAACAAUGCUGCACAGAUCUGGAACCACGAUUUCUUCUGGGAGUCCAUGAAACCAGGUGGUGGAGGAAAGCCAUCAGGAGAAGUUUUGGAACUGAUUGACAGAGAUUUUGGUUCUUUUGAAGGAUUCAUUAAAGAAUUUAAGUCUGCUGCAUCCACACAAUUCGGUUCUGGUUGGGCUUGGCUUGCAUACAAAGCAAACAGACUUGAUGUAGAAAAUGCAGUGAAUCCUCGUCCAUCAGACGAGGAUAAAAAGUUGGUAGUGGUGACGAGUCCCAAUGCUAUGAACCCCCUCGUCUGGGAUUACUCUCCGCUCCUUACUAUAGAUGUCUGGGAGCAUGCUUACUACCUUGACUUUCAGAACCAACGGGCUAAUUAUAUAUCAACCUUUUUGGAGAAGCUUGUAUCCUGGGAAGAAGUCAGUUCUAGGCUUGACAAUGCGAAGGCUAGAGCAACUGAGAUACAGAAUGAAGAGUGGAGAGAGGAAGAAGAGGAGGAAUCAGCAGGUGAUGACGCCGUAGAGAUGUACUUGGAGAGUGAAACCGAUGAUUCUGAAUCCGAAUGACUAGAGUUUGUUUUGCAGCAAAAUUACAAGCGACUGAAGUCUUUUUGUUUACCCCUCUUCCCUUUUUUCUUUCCCUUCAGAUUUUUGAAUCUGAUAUAGAGAUCACUUAGAGUGGCAUAGGCGAUAUUUUCAAGUAGCAUUCCGAAGAGAGCUUUGUAUAGGUGGUUCACCUGUUGUAGGCAUUGACAGUUAAUGGAAAUGUUAUUCUUUGUUGUUUGAACAGUUUCA